UAAUAAAUCGAGUUGGCGCUUCGCGGGAAUGUCAUCAUAACGAAAGCUGUUCGCUGAUAGGGUACUUCACACAUCCCUCAAAGGAACGUUAUGCCCAUUGGCCAGCCUCAUGGGCGUGCCGGUUCGUCGGCCAAUGGGCGGCGGGGUUUUGGCGGUUUGAAGUGCACGGCGGUCUCGGAGUCGUUAACCCGGCAAAGCAGAUCCACCCUGCAGCCCCGGCACAGGUAAGUCCCGCUCCACACCUCAGUCUGUUGGGGUAAUCGUUUGCAUCCGAUGCGGCCUCCUCCACAUUGGCGAGCCCUGACGCAGAUUGGGGGACCGCUUCAUCGAGCACCUCCGCUCUGUCCGCCACUACAGACAGGAUCUUCCGGUUGCCACCCACUUCAACUCUGCUUCACAUUCCCAUUCGGAUAUGUCCAUACAUGGCCUCCUCUGCUGCCAUGAUGAGGCCAAACUCAGGUUGGAGGAGCAACACCUCAUAUACCGUCUGGAUAGUCUCCAGCCCCUUGGUGUGCCGGUUUAGAGUUGCCAAGAGGAUGCUGUGGUGUAAUGAUUCCGAAAAUGAAGCUAGUGAUACAAAUUUAGAUGAUUCAACCAAGUUACCUGCUAUCAACUUCACAGGUGUUCAAAGUUGCACAAUUUCCGAUGGCCCCUUGGAUUUUAAGUGUGGAACUCCAAAGCGGGCUGCUGUAAUUAAUGUGGGAGGUUCAGACUUCAGAAGCUAUGACCUUGCAUUAUCUAAUGAAGUUGAAUGCUGUCAGCUGGAUCCCAGCCACUCUUCUGCCUGCUUGUCCAAUGAAGUAGUAACUGUAGUAAAUAGUGAGAGUGAUGAUGAAGAAAUUCUAGAAAUUCCUCUGUCAAAAAGGCUGAAGAUAAAGCUUGGUGAGAAAAUGUUUGACAAGCCUAAUUGCACAAUUUCCAAUUCUAGUCAAGAAAAUUACAGUCAGGUCCAUGGUAGACUUCAGUGCAGUCAAAUAGAUCCAAAGAUUAAGUUAGCUGAUGUCAUUGAACUUAAAGACCAAACUAGAGAACCUUCACUUAUUCAUCAGAGAGCUGUCCCUUCCCGUUCAACGUGGAGCAUUUCAGACUCUGAUGAUGAACUCUGUGUAUUGCAACCAGUAAAAUCAUGUGAGCCAUACUCAAAUUCAAAUCAAUCCUGUAUCAAUGAUCUUGCAUCUUGCAAAGACCUAUUAUCAGCUGGCUCUAACCAUAAGAAAAGGGUUAAACAGACCUCAUCAGAAAUGGGAAGAGCUAAACAGGAGGCACUGAAAAAAUGUCAAGAACGAGAGCAGAAGAGAGCGGAGAAAGAAAAUAUUCGUAGACAACGAGAGGAAGAAAAAGCUACAAGAAAGAUGUUGGCUGGCAUUGAGAAGAUGUUGCGACCAGGGGAAUGCCUGAAACAUAUACAAGUCUCAAUUGAUCCAGGAUUGUUACAGAUAGAAGGAGCGGGUCAACUGUUAAGUACCCUGCAAGCUAUGGAGGUUAGCUGUGUGAUAGAAAAUCAGACAAUUCCACACAGUGUGGUCUGGAGGAGAAGACAGUCUUAUGUUGUUGAGCAGCAGAUGAAUGAAGUAACUGACUGGAUAGAUGAGCUUCAUGUUAUAAUUCACAUUCCACCAGAGGAGUUUGUGUCAAUGGUUCAUGUCUAUAAACAGGAAUUGGAAGGGGCCGCUACUGAAGGCCAGGAGACGUUAGAAAUUUUUGCCGUUAACAUUCUUCAGCAAUGUGCAGGGAGAGUUCCAUGUUUGGUCAUUGUCGAUCUGGAAAAGCACUUCAGUCUACAGAAGAAGCAGAAGUCACAGAAGAGACACGUGCAUACUACUGCCAGAAAUGGACAAGACAAACAAAGCUGUGAGCAUAAUAUAUCUCCCAUAUCACGAAUGGAUGUAGAAUUAGCCCUAGUGCACUUGCAGAUGUCUGUUGGAAUUCAGGUCCAACUCUUGGAGACAUGGAAAGAGUUUGCAGAUUAUGUCAGCAUGUUCACUAAAGCUGUGGCUGAGGCCCCAUUUAAGAGGGCACGAGACAACAAAGGAUUAUCUGUCUACUUAGAGAACGAUGGGUCUAGAGGGGUGAAGGUUGAUCGUUCUGGAAAAGGUCUCCUAACCAUUUGGAAGAAGCAGAUUCAACAACUAAAUAGAGUCAGCUCUGAGAUGGCAGAUGCUAUCGUGUCUGCCUAUCCAUCACCAUGGUCACUAACACAGGCAUACCAGGAAUGUACUUCUGAACAGGAGAAGGAGAAGCUGCUUGCUGACAUUCUUGUUCGCCGUGGAGAAGGAACAACUUCAACAACACGAAGAAUUGGACUUGAGCUGUCAAAACGGGUCUAUUUGCUGAUGAAUUCCUUGGAACCAGAAAGUUUUCUUGAGUAAAGUAGCAGUAAAAGUUUCUAAAAUGUUUCCAUGAGUCAAAUUGGGUACUGGACUGUUAACUUUGAAGCAAAGGUUACCGUUGUGGCAAUGGUGUUGCACAGGACCAAGGAUAUAAGCAAUGUGUAACUGAUUACCUUAAUGGAAGGUUUGAAAGGUGUAAUUUUGAUGGACUGGUGCAAGUGUUUCUGGCUUCUAAAAACAUUCACUCCACUUUGAUAAUUUCAGAACACAGAGUGUAAGAGAACAAAAACUAAGCUUUCUUGAUAACUCACACUACAUUUACUAAUGAGACCAUGGGUGAAGACUUUACUAAGACUUCCAUGAAGUAUGAGAGUCGUCCCAUACUGAUGUGACCAAAAAUUAUCAGGCAGUAGAAUUGGAAUCUGCACACUCUUAAUUCUGUUACAUUACUCUAACUUGUGUACAAGGUUGAGACUGUUUGAUAACUGUAGCUUCAAAGGCCUGGUGAGUAGUCUUGAGGAAAUAUUCCACCCAUAGUCCAAUGUCAUAUUGACUUCUAGGAACAAGCUCCAGCUUGAGCUUCAGUUCCUUGCAUGUGGGUUGAUUUUGGCCUUUGCAGCAAGUGAAGCUCUUUGCCUGGGAAGCUUAGAAUAUGGGCUAUUCUUGAUAGUUAUCCGGUCAGGUCAUGAUGGAAAAUGUGGGUGAGCACCAGAUAAGGAUUGAGUGUGGUGCCUUCACAUCUGUAUUUAUUCCUUCGCCUAUCGUAGUAAAAAGGUAAAGAAUAACUAUUUGAAUUAGAUAGUUUAAAAUUAAUGAACUGACCAAGUAAGAAUCAGGAUUUCCUGAAAAAUGCUGGAGGAGUGAAAAUCAACAUAGUUAAGGGUAUCUUCUCAGUCAGGAUAAGGAUUAAAUACGUUUAAGGACCCUUUGGAUAAUUACUCUACCAUUUACUAUAUCAAUUUGUAAUGUAGAGGAUGACAAUUCAGCACUUAGUGUCUUCGCAAACUCAAAGUUUCUCACAAUCUUUCCCCAUACCCUUUAACUAUAUACUAGCUCCAUUUCAGACAUUACCAUUGAAUUUAUUUGCAUUAUUUUUUAGGGCUGUACACUGCAGAUCAUAAUUUGUCGAGUAAAAUGCAAUUCUCCACAACUUUUCAUUAUUUGGCUAAUUGCAUUUAAUUGUGUUCUUUGAUUACAGACCAUUCUGCCAUUGGAAAUAAUUUCAUCAAAUUUUGUUUAAACAAAACUAUGGUCUUGGACUCAUUUAUUUACAUUGUACUUUAACUUUGUCUGGUUCAAGGAGACCAAGUUUAAAGAUAUUUUAAUAAGUACCCUAAAUAAUACCUCACCAGAGAGACAGAACUGUGAAUGCUGAUCUGUAUACCUGGUCCGGGACUGUUUUUAAAUACAAGAGAUUCUGUGGAUACUGAGAAACACACACACAAUGCUGGAGGAACUCAACAAGUCAGGCAGUAUUUAUGAAGGGGAAUAAGCAGUCGACAUUUCAAGCUGAGACCCUGCCUAUUGUACUCUUUCCUCCUCGUCCUGACUUCUGUCCCCCUCCCUUCCUCUGCUAAUGAAGAGUCUUAGCACAAAGAUUUAGAUGUUUAUUUCCCUCCAUAGAUGCUGCCUGACUUGCUAAGUUCCUCCAGCAAUUAGUGUGCAUAACCCUAUAUUGAACUUUCCCUAAGACCUGAGGGACAAAGUUUCCAAUUGCAUAUCUGAGCAAAAACUAAUUCACUCAAAGAAGAAUUUAAGAGUACAAGGGGUACAGCUCAAAGGCAAAGAUCAAGCUAGCAUUAUAUACUCAGUAGCAAUAUUAUUAGGUAC